AUGGCAUACGUUUCUCGGCAUGAUGUUUGGAUGCCCUAUCAACUCAAUGAGGCUACCUUGACCAAACGCAUAUCCAUUUGCGAAUCGCUACAGAAACGCCUAGAAAACGAUCCAUUUUUGGAACGAAUGGUGACGGGUGACGAAAACUGGUUCGUCUACAAUGAUGUAACGCGUGAAAUAAUAUGGGGGCACAGCAGCGAUUUACCGCUAAUACCCUGGAAGGUGGGAUUGCAUCCGAAGAAAAUAAUGCUCUUCGUAUGGUGGGAUUUCAAGGGUAUCAUCUAUCACGAACUGUUACCGUCAGAAUUGGCACGUCGCAAGGGUGUCGUCUUCCACCACGGCAACGCCAGAUCUCAUAAGUCAUUGACCACUCAGAACAAAUUGUUUCAGCUUGGCUGGGAUAUUUUGCCUCAUCCUCCGUAUUCACCGGAUCUUUCCCCUACCAGUUAUCAUAUAUUCCGGCCACUGCGGGACUCUAUGGAGGAGAAAACCUUCAAUGAUGAAGAGGCCAUUAAAAACCACGUGGAUUGGUUUUUCGCUAAUAAGUGCCAGAUAUUUUACGAAAGCGGCAUAACGAUGUUGGAGACGAAAUGGCAAAUGGUCAUCGAUAAAAAUGGCCAUUGUAUAUCUUAUUAA